AUGAAGUCGACACUGCCUUUGAUCCUGACUGUUUCCUUUUGGCCUUUGGCCAUAUUUGCUGACCCAAGUUUCUUUUUCUUCACCAACCAAUCUGGCACCGUUUUCGAUGGUAUCUCGUCCGGAUGCAACUUGGCGCUAUCAGCCCCUGUCCCAGAAUGCCCCCGAGAACUCUUGAACCUCCUCGGAGGUGGCAGCUAUCACACGGUACUCAAUGAGACUGUCAUGGGCGUUCUUUGCAGAACUGAGUGUUCGCCAGCAUUGGCGACGUACAGGAGCAAUGUCGUCUCUCAGUGCGCCAAAGACCCUCAACCCAGAAGUGGCUAUCCGUCAACCUACUGGGUUGACUCUGUCACUGCUGUCCGGACGCAGAUGUGUCUGAAAGACUCCAAGACUGGAGAGUACUGCACUCAGUAUCUCGAGCGAGUUCUCGGCGAUGCUACGAGUCCAGCGGAUCUGCUCGGUGGGUAUUCCACUGCCCAGCUCUGCUCCGAGUGUCUGGUCAGCCUAUUCCGCCAUCAACAAUCGACCCCGUACUCAAACUAUGACCCCGAGAUGGCUCAGGCGUGGGCGGCCAUUCAGUCAAAGUGCAGUCUCAGUCUUCCAACGGCAACUCAGACACUGAAGACGAAUGUGACAUCGCUUGGGAAUUAUGCUCUGCCUGGUUAUGCAACUGCAGUGUGUGUUGCAGGCCGCACGUACACGGUGGCUGCUGGUGACAACUGCAUUAAUAUCUCAACGAAGAGUGGCGUUUCGACUGGCUCGUUGAUCACGCUAAACAGCCUGCGGAUGGACUGCACGAACAUCUUUGCUGGUCAAAGUCUCUGUCUCCCACCUACUUGCACUAGUUACGUGGUCCAAAGCGGCGACAACUGUUUGAAGGUCGCCACGCAGUUCAACACGACCUACCAGCAGGUCAUCGCUUGGAAUCCAACUGUUGAUAGUUAUUGUACCAACUUGAUUGCCGGCCAGAACAUCUGCGUUGGGCCGCCGGGCGGAGUUCUCAACUUCACUACAAUCCCAGGCGCAACCGUAACUAAGACUGCGAACUAUGCGACCGCUACGGCUGAUAGACCAACACCUGUCGCGAGCGGAACCACAACUAAAUGUGGCAAGUACUGGGAAACCAAAUUCGACUUCUACUGUAGUAUUGAUCAGAGGAUUGGGGAAUUUUCGAUAUUUGAUUGUGUGAAGAAUCA